GCGCAGUCAAUCUUUCCUGGUCGAGUUGUAUUCUACCAGACGAUGAUGGUUCGGCGACGGUGUAUCGUACUGCAUCUGGCUGCGCUCGUCCUGAUGUACAUGGCCACUGCGGAUGCAACGGACUCUGCGUUGGCUCUGCAUGCCAUGGAAGACGAAGACCAGGAUGGAGUCAUGAACCCGAAGGAGCUCACCGUGUUGCGUGAAAAGCUGCAUCAUGCGUUCGACACGGACGCGAGCGGUCGCAUCGAAAAGGACGAAAUGCGCUCCGUGCUGCAAGUGGACCACGUGUCGAAAGAAUUCAACUCGAUGGACAAGGACGACGACUCAUACGUGUCCACGGACGAACUGGACUCGAGAUACGACCAGCUCGGGGCGGAAAUGACGGUGGACGAAGUGGCAGACUGGGUGUCGUACUCGGUGCAUCUCCCUCAAUACGCGCAAAUGUUUCGAGACCAUUUCGUGUCAGGGUACACGUUUCCACUGCUCAUGGAGAAAAACGGGGAGCGACUGGCCGAGCUUGGGAUUGCCAGUUCUUUGCAUCGCCAGCAGUUGGCGUUGAUGAUGAAGCGCAAGAUUGCUCAAGUCGGCAAGGCGCCAGUGGAAGUCAAAGAUAAGUCGUGCACGGUGCUGCCCGCGAAAGCGUCUCGUCCCCCCAAAGUCAAAUUGCAGUGGACUCCGCCGCCCGAUCAACUGACCGCGUCGUCGCAGUAUCAAUUGCAGGUACAACGUCACAACGACUGGCACACGUUAUCGUUUGGCAAAGAAACGAGUCACAGCCACGUGUUGACACCGUCCGACGUGGACGACGACGCCACGUCCCAACACUUCCGCGUGACCACAUGGAACACGUUUGGGCGCAGCGGCCGCGUCCAUGUCGAGUGCCGUGAUGUGGCAAUCUCUCCUGCAUCGUCCGCCAUCGCCAUCGCCGCCCCUGUAUCGCAGGACCAUGCCAACAAGUCGGAGCCGUCGUCGUCGUCGUCGCUGUUGGCAUUUUACGCGACGUACUUGUUUUGGCUCGACGAAGUGCUCGUGUUGACGGUGAUCGUACUCGCUCCGUUGCGCAUGUUCAUAUAUGGGGACGCCAACUUCUUCCUGCGCUUGUGUCGCCGGCUGCCGCCCAACGCGCCGACUCGCGUCGAAGUGACGCUCGACACGUCCACGCCAUCGCCAUCGCCAUCCGCCGCCGCUACCGCGCGGCUCCGUGUCAAAUGGGACCGGCCUCUGGACAACCAUGUCGACAUUGUGUGCUACUGCGUGCGCUACGUAGAUGAGGCGGGGCUAACCCACUACCUGAAGCUCACCGAGCGGCCGCUGCCGACCUUGUGCUAUAUUCCUGGGCUCAAGUUUGGGCUCACGUACAAGUUUACGGUCGAAGCGACCAACUCGUUUGGCCUCGUGAGCAAGUCGGCGCAGUCCACGUACAUGGCCACCAAUCCCGUACAGGUGCCUGCGGUCGCGCCGUCCGCCCCCCUCGUACCCCGCGAUCAGUGCUACAUCUGCCUCGACCCGACCGAAACCCGAAGCGGCGGGUGGAACGUCGGGCUGCACUACUGCUCGGUGUGCGACCGCCAGUUUUGCAACAAUCACAAAACGUACACGAGCCACAACUUUAUCAUGCACUGUCCCGCCAUCAACGGCAAGUGCGUGUGCAGCCGGUGCCUUCGACCUGCGGCCCGCCCGCGUCUCAAUGGAACGGCCAGCCUUUGACCACCCCAUUUUGUGAUUCUAACCACAGACAGCUAUGUACGACCUACUAGUACUGUAUGUAGUGCACUUGAUCGUACAGUAUGCUGUCGAUUCGCACAGCAUAGUACAGUAUGAUCUGCGCCAAGGGUAGAAAAAAUCGUGUGUAUAUAUUGUUAACGUUAACGAACACGGGAGCAAACCAACAUACUAUUGGUUGGGGUUCGAGUUGUUUCACUUUUGCUUGACAUGUCUUGUGCUGGCAAUGCUGCAUAGGCACGUUUCGACUGACUGCCCAUGUGGUUGCAUGGUGUGUGUGUGUGUGUGGCUGUGAUGAGUUUACAAGGGACAAGCCACGCCACAUCGCAUGACAUGUGUCCUCCCGCGGUGCGCACCCACCCCACCGAUGCUUCGUCAACGAGAAUAGACGCGCC